AUGGAGAAGGAAGCAGCUGAUUAUGUUGUUGAUGCUGAGAAGCUCAGAUUUGAAUUCCUUCAAGUCCUGCGUGGUAGAAGAACUGCUGAAGUUCUAUUGACUGUGGAGCCUGCAAAGCCAGUGAAGGAUCCCUUGUUUCAAGAGUAUACACGGCCAACAUUCAGUGAGGCAAUGGUGUCUUGUCCGAAAGUAGAGAUUGAAAAUUUCAAAAGUCUACUCAAAGAGGAGAAUCUUUAUUUGACUACUGAGGCUGGAGAGCAAGGUCGUUUGCCGGUGCUGAUUCUGAGUAUGAAAGGGAGCGAAGAAAGAAGGCCUGCUAUCGUUUUUCUGCAUAGCACACAUAAGUGUAAAGAGUGGCUGCGACCAUUGCUCGAGGCAUAUGCUUCACGGGGAUAUGUAGCAAUUGCAAUUGACUCUCGUUACCAUGGUGAACGAGCCAUCAAUAUCACUACCUAUCGAGAUGCUCUUAUAUCAUCAUGGAAAAAUGGUGAUACAAUGCCAUUCAUAUUUGACACGGUCUGGGAUUUGAUAAAACUGGCUGAUUAUCUUACUCAGAGGCAGGAUAUAGACCCUACCAGGAUAGGAAUUACUGGAGAAUCAUUGGGAGGAAUGCAUGCAUGGUUUGGUGCAGCUGUUGACACCCGAUAUUCAGUGGUUGUCCCAAUAAUUGGUGCGCAGGGGUUUCGUUGGGCCAUAGACCAUGAUAAGUGGCAAGGUCGAGUUGAAAGUAUAAAGCCUUUAUUUGAAGAGGCACGGAAAGAUCUAGGCAAGAAUGCAAUUGAUAGAGACGUGGUGGAGAAGGUCUGGAAUAGGAUUGCACCUGGUUUGGCUUCUUCCUUUGAUUUGCCAUAUACAGUUCCAGCCAUUGCACCACGGCCUCUGCUGAUUGUUAAUGGUGCAGAAGAUCCUCGCUGUCCACUUGCAGGUUUGGAAGUUCCCAAAUCAAGGGCAAUUAAGGCUUAUGGAGAAGCACAUUCUCUAGAUAAAUUUAAGCUGGUUGCUGAACCUGGAAUUGGACAUCAAAUGACACCAUUCAUGGUAAAAGAAGCAAGUGAUUGGUUUGACAAGUACCUUAAGAAAUAA